CUCUCAUCAGCUCUGCUGUUUGAUGCUGUAUACACCGUGGUCGCAGCGGUCCAGGAGUUGAACCGGAGCCAGAACGUUGGAGCCACUCAGCUCUCCUGCAAGUCCUCCAAGAUCUGGGAGCACGGCACCAGCCUCAUGAAUUACCUGAGGAUGGUAGAGUUGGAAGGUCUAACGGGUCACAUUGAAUUCAACAGCAAAGGCCAACGGUCGAACUACGCCCUGAGGAUCAUGCAGAACAGCAAGGGGGGCCUGAGGCAG